AUGGAAAACACUGACUCCACCAUAAUGGUGAAGACUAUUCCAACCUACAGACGCCAGGCUAGCCUCAUAGAACAAGAGGAGGGGGGUGAGGUGGCGGAGAAUGGGACACUGCUUUCAUCUGGAUGUGGCGACAUCGUUUUUGAAGAUUGCCAUGAAAAUGAAAAAGAAUACCCUGUCGAUCGCGUAGACGUCAAUCACACCUCCAUGUUCAAGUACCUGCUGUCAAUGUGGCCCCUCCUUGUUAUCAUAGCCACGCCCCUCGUCUGUCUGCCCAUAGUGCUGGCUGUGGAUGAAAAGCAUCAACAGCCGGCCAGGUGUGCCUACGUCAUAGUCAUCAUGGCUGUCUACUGGACAACCGAGGCACUGCCCAUAGCUGUGACGUCACUGGUACCUGUCGUCCUCCUGCCAGCCCUAGGGGUCAUGACGACACGGGAGACGUCAGCUGUUUACUUUAGUGACACAUCAAUGCUUUUCAUGGGCGGAUUCUUCGUGGCUUUAGCUAUUGAGCAGUGGGAUGUCCACAAGAGAAUCGCCUUGUUCGUCUUGAAGAUUGUUGGUGCCGAGCCCAAAUGCCUUCUCUUUGGCAUUUGUAUGGUCACAUGGUUCCUGUCAAUGUGGAUCUCCAACACGGCCACGACGGCCAUGAUGAUGACCAUCGUCCAGGCCUUGCUGCAGCAGAGCGAGGCUUUCCCUAGGGCUUACACGGGAACAGCUGACAAUGGCUCAGCGGACGCCGAGUUUCUGAGACUGAGCAAGGCGCUGUCCCUGACCGUGGCCUACUCGGCCAACAUUGGAGGCAUCGCCAGUCUGACGGGGACUGGACCUAACCUUGUCCUGUUUGCUGCGGCUCAGAAAGUUUUCGAAGACGUUGGUCUAGAGUCACCGGUCACAUUCAGCACCUGGUUGGUGUACGGGUUGCCACUGUCUCUGCUGCUUGUUCUAGUCAUGUUGGUCUGGAUGGUUGUCGUGUACCUGAGGUACAGAGGAGGGUGUCUGUGUUGUUGCUGUGCUCCAGAAGCCAACAAGAAAAAACUGGAGAAGGUCAACGCCAUGAUCAGAGAUGAGUACAACAACUUGGGACCUAUCACAUACCCACAAGGCACAGUAUUGACAACGUUUGUGCUGCUAGUUGUACUUUGGAUCACUCGUGACCUCGGUGGUGUGGGUGGCUGGGGGAUGUGGUUUCCACCUGGCCUGAACGACUCCACGACGUCCAUCUUGUUUGGUGUUCUCGUGUUUGUUUUACCUUCAACGUUGCCAGAUAAUUUUUCAACAAGAGGCAACUCAGCCAAGAUGACGCCCUUGCUUACAUGGGGACAUGUUCAAGACAAGAUGCCCUGGUCUCUCUACCUACUGCUGGGUGGGGGAUACGCCAUCGCCCGAGCCUCCACGGUGUCGGGUCUGUCAGCGUGGCUGGGGCAACAGUUCCUCGUGUUCCAGGCCCUCAACCUGUGGCUGGUUCUGCUCAUCGUCUGCUACGUCGUCUGUUUCGCUACAGAGUUCACCAGCAACGCUGCCAUAGCCACCCUCAUCAUGCCAGUGUUGGCACAGAUGUCCAUCAGCCUGCAAGUGAACCCUCUAUUUUUCAUGUAUCCUGCCGCCAUAGCUACGUCAUUCGCCUUCAUGUUGCCCGUGGCAACCCCACCCAACGCCAUCGUUUUCGCUAGUGGAACGCUAAGGGUCAUAGAUAUGGUGUCCAGUGGUUUGUUCCUCAACAUUAUUUGUGUGCCGAUUCUAGUUUUUGCUACAGCCACGUGGGGUAACGCCUUCUUCAAGUUUGACCAAGUGCCUGAAGAAUUUCUAAGAAACGUAACUCAAGCUUCAACAAGAUUAAACUCACCAUGA